UGGAUUGUUAUGAAAGCUUCUAAAAGUACUAGAUGGUACUACAUUGCCACCUCUGCUAUGUUAAUAGGUAAGCAAAAUCUAGAAGAAACAGAAGCGUCACAACUUGUACCCACAAUCUAAUCACAUACAAAUCAACAAUCGAAAACGAUAUGCAAAGCACGUUUUUUUCCACAAUACAAAGACAUUAACACUAUCAGUCGAGUCCCUAAUUAUCAGACAAUGAAUAUCAAAUUCCAGAGCAAAGUAUGCAAUAAAAACAGAAAUGCUAUCUCAACACAUUAGUACCUAGAAACAUCUGACUUGCCGCAACAUGAGCACUCAAAAAGAUCUCCACACGUGUGAACAAAAUGAAAAAAACGAAAAAACAGACUACGAUCCUCCGGAAGAUCAUUUCUACAUCAACUACAUUCUGUUCUUCUUGAUUGGUCUGGUUCACUCUUUACCUGGAACUUUUUUCACUACUGCUACGAACUUCUGGAUGUACAAAUUCCGAAACACCACUAUAGACACGACGGACUCUGAGUUCAGAACGGAUCUUCAGGCGGAAUUUAGCGCUUCUGUCAAGGUGGUACAGCCGAUUGCCAAUCUGGCGUUCCAGUUGCUAACUGUGUACUACGGACGGUACUUUAAAGUACGUCAAAGGAAGAUUUUCAUUUUGGUUGUUACUAUGUUGCUGUGUUGCUUAACCAUGAUUUUCGUCAAAGUUGAUACUGAUUCGUGGCAGGGAGGAUUUUUCGCUAUGGCGAUGAUGAUUACAGGUGGAUUGAAUGCAAUGACUGGUAUUUUCUCUGUUACUAUGUACACGACUUGUGCCUUUUUUCCUCAUGGUUACAUAGGGGCGUACAUUAUGGGUGAAGGUCUAGCAGCUAUAUUUACAGCAAUGGCACAGUUGAUCUCUUUGGCGUUUGGUCUGUCAAGUCAGGAUAGUGCUUUAGUGUACUUCGGGAUAGGGCUUUUUGUAAUUAUAGUUACACUUUUGGCACUACUUGCAACUGGUAAUAACCAGUUCUACGUCUACCAUAUGAACCGAAUUCACGAUCGUACUGACAGGAUUAUCAAUCUGAAGGAUGUCCUCCACAUACUUAAAAAAAUAUGGUCUUCUCUAGUUAUUUCAGGUUGUUAUCUCAUUGCGUCUGAUUCUUCUCCAACGGGUCUUGUGGUUUCGGAGUACGAGGGUAGUGGCCCCUGGAACGGUACCAAAAACACAACACUUGCCAAAACUGCUAACUUUCGUCUCCUUCUAGAUCUAUAUUUUAUACCGACUAUCACGUACUUGGUCAAUUCUUCUUGUUCUUUGAUUGGUAGAGGAAUAGCAUUGAUGUACGUACCGAAAGUUAAAAACGUAGUAUGGAGCGUAUUAUCAGUGGUAAGAAUGUUGAUUUUUAUUCCAGUAUUCAUGUUAUGCAAUGCUCAACCUCGAAACCACUUACCGGUACUAAUACCGCAUGAUUACCAGUACAUUGUAAUCAUACUGGUGUACAGCGUGAGUGGUGGUUAUCUCUUAAGUCGUUGUAGUUACAACAUAGCAAAUCUCGUUACGCAAGAAGAACUCAAAAAAGCGUACCAGGUGUACUCACUCUUCCUUGGGUUGCAAAUGUCGGUGUACUCUCCCAUUGGGCUGCUUUUUGUGCAGCUGUUAUAGUUUCUAUCGAAUUUAUAUGUAACU